UCACGUUUGGCCUAAACCCACAACCCCAAAUGCCGUCCUCCUCCGCCGCUCGCCGCCGCCGCAACGAGGCUGCGCCGGCGGCGCCGCAUCCGGAGGCGGUCGAGCACGCGAUGGGUCCCGCUCACGCAGCGGCGCCGCGGCUGCCUCUGCCCGCCGCCUUCGCGCGCAAGCUGGACCCCGCUCCGCGCACCGCUCCCCCGAACCCUAGCCCACCCGAGCCCCAGGCCCGUCACCCGAUGCCGCCGCCGCCCACCUCGUCCUCUUCCUCCUCCUCCAGGUGCCGCCGCCGCCGCCGCCGCAACCGCGGCCGCGAGGCGGAGGAGACGAGGGACUGGGCGGGGGACUGGGCGGCGCUGCCUCUGGACGCGAUCUCCGCCAUCCUCCGCAGGCUCGACCACAUCGAGAUCCUCAUGGGCCCCGGUCAGGCGUGCCGCUCCUGGCGCCGCGCCGCGCGCGACCACCCCGCGCUGUGGCGCCGCAUCGACAUGCGCGGCCACCCGGAUCUCGACCGCGUCGUCAACCUCUACGGGAUGGCGCGGGUCGCCAUCCGCCGCGCCAGGGGGCAGUGCGAGGCCUUCUGGGCGGAGUACGCUGCCGAUGACGACGUGCUCAGGCUCCUCGGCGAAGAGGCACCAUCUCUAAAGAGUCUUCGCCUCAUAUGUUGUCAGGAUAUCCUUGAAUUUGAAGGGGAAAUUAAAAAGUUUCCUCUGCUUGAGGAGCUAGAGAUUUCACUCUUCACAAAUAUAGGUGGGAAGCAUGUGUUUCAAGAGGUUGGCAAAUCAUGCCCAGAGCUGAAGCACUUCAGAUUUAAUAAGUAUGGCUUCCACAACUUGGGAAACCUUGAAGAUACAGAGGAUGAUGAUAACGAGUUGAAGUACAACAAGGAUGAUGAUGCCCUGGGGAUUGCAAAUAUGCAUGGGUUGCGGUCUCUGCAGCUCUUUGGCAGUGACUUCACCAAUGAAGGACUGACAGCCAUCCUUGACAAUUGCCGUCACCUGGAAUCAUUCGACAUCCGUCACUGCUUCAACAUUGUCAUGGAUGAUGCCCUGCGGGAAAAAUGUGCUACAAUCAAGACGCUGAAGCUUCCUUAUGAUUCGAUGGAUGACUAUGACUUACAGUUUGAGGGCCCUAUCUGGUCAGGUUCUGGGCUUGCCUUUGGCUCUGACUCUGAUGAUUGUGUCUAUGGUGGGCCUGACUAUAUUCUGGACUCAGAUGAGUAUGAUGAUUACUGUGAUCCUUUCCGCUAUCUUGACGGCGUCUAUGAGUCUGAGCUUGGUCCAGAAGAUCGGAUGUUCCUCAAGGGUAUGCGCAUGCUAAUGAGAGAUGACAGCGACAGGGAUUACUGACUCAAUGCGGUGCUUAGUGCUCACCACCGCGACCUUUAUGGCGUCUUCGUGGACUAGCUUAAGGAUCUGGUAUUCCCCAUGGGUUCCCUGAAAUAAAUGUGGUGUGGGUGUUGCUGGUACUUGGGAUCUCAAACCCUUUCUGCUGGAGUAUCACUUAACAGCUUGGACCUAGCUAUGUGUCAGUAUUUUGCCUCCUUUGUGUUCACUUAGCAUUCAUGUGAACUUGUGGAUUGGACAAUGGUUUCAUGAGUGUUUCACCAGACAUGCUUUCUUGAAGCUGGAAUUGGCGACGUCUGCUGUAAUUUAGACCCACCAUGUGCAGGUGGACAUGGUAUCACUGUACCAACUAGUUUUAUUUGGCCAUCUACCAUUUAACUAGCAUCGCCCAAAUGGGUGCGAGGUUAUACGAGUCA